CACCCUGCGUCCGUGACUCUGAUUGUGUUAGUAUGGAUGGAUGCUGCUAACGCUGGUGCAGAUCAUAACGGAUCCGCUUCAUAAUAAUCACCGUGUGAUAUCUGCUCGUCUUGAGCAGUCGCUUCGGGGCCGUGUGCCGGUGAUGAGCCUCCGGUGAGCGACUGUGUGUCCGGGAUGAUGUGUUUGCGGCGGGCGGCGGUGCUGUGUGUGCUGCUGGCGGCGCUGGUGCUCGGCGGCCGGAGGAGGAGCUCCCGCUGCCCCGCGCCCUGCACCUGCAGCAAAGACAACGCGCUCUGCGCCAAUACCGGAGCCAUACCGAGGAGCUUCCCGCAGGACGUCAUCUCACUAUCAUUCGUCAAAUCCGGCUUUACUGAAAUCCCCAAAGAGAGUUUCAUUCACACACCUGCACUCCACCUGCUUCUCUUCACAGCAAACAGCUUCGAUUCCAUUAAUGAGGAUGCGUUCCUCGGUCUUCCUCAUCUGGAGUAUCUAUUCAUAGAAAACAACCAGAUCAAGUCCAUAUCACCGUUCGCCUUUAGAGGACUCAAGUCUUUAAUUCACCUAAGUCUGGCGUACAAUAAUCUGGAGACGCUGCCCAAAGACCUCUUCAAGGGGAUGGAAGCUUUGACUAAAGUGGAUCUGAGAGGAAAUCUGUUCAGCUGUGACUGUAAGCUGAAGUGGUUGGUGGACUGGAUGUUUCACACAAACGCUACAGUGGAUCAGAUCUUCUGCAACGGCCCUGAAGCGUACCAGGGGAAAAAAAUCAACGAUCUGGAAGCGCAGACCUUCGACUGCAUCACCACAGAUUUCACCCUGCUGAAGUCUCUGGAGUUUCAGUCCAUUUCAGUGGAGGCUUUUUCCUUCGCUGGUGAUCAGUUCGUAGUUUUCGCUCAGCCCUUCAGUGGCAGAUGCAGCUUCAUGGAGUGGGAUCACGUGCAGAUGGAGUUCAGAAACUUCGACAACAUCACAAGCACGUCCACGGUGAUCUGCAAACCUCUAGUCAUCGACAGCCAGCUCUUCAUCAUAGUAGCUCAGCUGUUCGGCGGCUCGCACAUCUUCAAGCGUGACGUCUCCGCUAACAAAUUCAUUAGAAUCCAAGACAUCGACAUCCUGAAGAUCCGUAAACCUAACGAUGUGGAAAUCUUCGCCGUAGAUGGAGAGUCCUUCUUCAUCAUCGCAGACAGCUCGAAGGCCGGCUCCACCACCAUCUACAAGUGGAACGGAAAUGGGUUUUACUCCUACCAGUCGCUCCAUCCGUGGCACCGCGACACCGACGUGGAGUAUCUGGACAUUUCUGGAAAACCGCAUCUGAUUUUAUCCAGCAGUUCGCAGAGACCUGUUGUUUACCAGUGGAACCGGGGCAGCGCUCAGUUCGAGAGGCGCACUGAUAUCCCGGAGAUGGAGGAUGUGUUUGCAGUCAAACAUUUUACGGUGAAAAACGAGCUGUACAUCUGCCUGACGCGCUUCAUCGGCGACUCCAAAGUGAUGCGGUGGGACGGCAGCAUGUUUACAGAGAUCCAGACCGUGGCUUCCCGGGGCUCCAUGGUGUUCCAGCCGUUCUCCGUGGCCAGCUGGCAGUACGCCGUCCUGGGUAGCGAUUACGCCUUCACGCGCGUCUACCGCUGGGACGCCAAGAAGAGGCAGUUCGUUCCCUUCCAGGAGCUGAACAUCCAGGCGCCCAGGGCUUUCUCUCUGGUGUUCAUCGAUAACAGGGAGUUCCUGCUGGGGUCCAGUUUUAAGGGUCAAACGCGGAUAUAUGAGCAUCUGGUGCUGGACCUGAGCAGCUGAAGACACUCUAAAACUGCAGUUCAGUGACAUGUCUAGGUCAUAUUUCAUCCGAAAACCCUACUUUUUAUUUCCAUUUUUUUCGUGACAAUGACAAUAUUUACCCUUGUGUUCUGUUCAGAUUGACUCCCCUUUGGUGAUGUUGGUGAUGUUUUUGCUCCACUGACUACCAUUAUAAUCACAUUAUAAUCACAUUUAUUGAUUGCAGAUGAUCGACAGCACAAAUGACACAUUGUAGGAUUGAUCCAGAAUAUUUAGCAAGCUAGAUUUUGGAUUUCCAUCUGCAAGGUCUCGGAGAUGCACCAUUGAGCCUCUAUAAUGUGUCAUUUAGUAAUUUACACAUAAAGACAACAAUCACACGUUGAUUUCCCCCAAUCACAGCCCAAUCUGUCAGCGAGAUCAUUUCAUUUUCUUCUGCUUUUCCGGGGGCCGCAGUCUCAGGAGAGAACCCCAGACUUCCCUCUCCCCAGACACUUCCUCCUGCUCCUCCGGGGGGAUCCCGAGGUGUUUCCAGGCCAGUCGAGAGACAUAGUCCCUCCAGCGUGUCCUGGGUCUUCCUCGAGGCCUCCUCCCGGUGGGACAAGCCUCAAACACCUCCCUAGGUAGGCGUCCAGGAGGCAUCCGGAACAGAUGUCCGACCUCAGCUGACUUCUCUGGAUGUAGAGGAGCAGCGGCUCUACUCCGAGCUCCUCCCGGGUGACAGAGCUCCUCACCCUGUCUAUAAGGGUGCGCCCUGCCACCCUGCAAACUCAUUUCGGCCGCUUGUAUCUCAGAUCUUUUCCUUUCGGUCAUGACCCAAAGCUCAUGAUCAUAGGUGAGAGCAGGAACGUAGAUUGACCUGCGAGCUCUUCAAAUUAAAUAAUUGAGUAAAUCAGGCCUAAAAUCCUGUAGUGUGAUUUAACUAGGCGUCACGUCAUCACGAGUUCAGCAUGUAGAAUCUCCUUUCCUUGGGUUCUGGGGUGAAAUAUGACCAGGAUGUUCAGAUUCUCAGCAUGAAGACUCUUCCAGAUGAUUUGCAUGCUGGAGCCGAUAAAUGAGAUUGUAUGUUUUUAAAGGAUCUUCUACCGUCUGUUGUAUUUUUACUUUGUGACUGCUGUAUUUCUUUAAAAUCCUUCUGUUCUAUUUAUUAAUGUGUUUAUCUGGACUUGUUUACUGGCCUGUAAAUAAAGUAUUUUUAUGUGGUGACAUAUAUUUGAUAUGCAGGUUGUAGAUUUGAUACACACCUUGAGCGUUUGGUUUUUAAAGUAGUGUGUCGUGUUGUCAUUGGUUUUUCGCAUUUGUGUGUGUGUGUGUGUGUUUGGACUGUAUUACUGACCUGAUGUCAGUACUUUUUCAGCAGGAUGAUAUGAUUUGUUAAGAGAUGAAGCGAUUCUGUCCACUAAUGACAUUAUUCUGGAUUUGUGCAUGCAGAUUCAUGCCUACACUUUUGGAAACUGAUACUAACUUUAAAUAAAGAUUUGUCAGAAUGUUAAA